CUCCCUCUUCUCCAGCUCAGGAAAAAUGGCAAGGAAGCAGCAGAUGGCAGUUAUUAGAGAUACGUGGCAAGCAAUGCAAGACCCAGACGCAGAUCCAGCGCAACAAAGAGGCGGGCCUGCAAAGAAGAAGAACUGGAUCCAUGACAACAAUACACUCCUGUACGGUACUGUGCAAUAUAAAGGAAAGUUUUUAGGAGUCCUUGAAGUGGAAGAUAUGGACGAUAGUAAAGGAACUGUAGCAAGAGUUGUCAGGGAACUCAAAAAAACAUCAUCAAAGCUGCCCGAAGUAGAAAUUUCGAUAUCAAUCAGAGCACUUAUCAUCACUGAAAUCAAAUCAAAGAUGCACAUCUGCAAACUUAAACUUCAAAAAAUAGCUUAUUGCUCUGAUGACUGUGAGGGAGGAGGCCACAAGUUCUUUUCAUUCAUUUCAAGGAAAAUAGACACAAAGAAAGCAGAUCAAAAAGUCACAAUGCAAUGCUACUGCAUUGAAACUCAAAAUAUAGCUCAUAAAAUCACACAAACCGUUGGACAAGCCUUUCAGCUAGCAUAUGAAAGGUUUCAAGAAGCAAAAGUCGCAUCAGAAAGUUUUGUAGUGGAAAUGAAAAAGGUUAAAGCAAAAAAAAUAAAAAAGAACUAUGGAAAAGAGCUUGCAGAGCUUCAUCAUAACCCAGCAACAACAGAAGAAGACGAUGAAGAAAGAGACACAUUCCCUGAAGCAAGCCAUCCAAGAAUGAGUAGAAGAGCUAGCAAAGACAUUACUCAACAGUGGGAACAACUGAAUGAGACACUAAAACUAGUAUAUGACGUCAAACUCCCACUACCAAACUCUGAUACUGAUUUUGACGAAGCAUUUGAAUCAAUACAAAGUGAAAUCGAUGAAUGGAGCCAAGCUAGAAGUCCAUAUCAAAGUGAACUUGAAGUACAUGAUGCACUUAAACAACUAGACAGUGUCUUGGGUGGAAGUGAAUCCUCUACGCAGCUAAACAGCGACUCUCAGACAUUACUGGAAGAAGGCACAAGUUUGUGAAAGGCUGCACGCACGCAAAUGCUGUGUAAUAUAAUAAUAAAACUGGUCAUAGCUACUAUUAUAUUAUUAGACUGUACUCCAGAUAUUCAUAUUUGUGUUGUUUUUAGUAUUUUCUUUAUAAUUCUGUCCUGACACAUAAACACAAGACAUGACACACAAUUACAAUGUACAUGUAUAGAUCUGAAUGUCAUGAAUAAUAUUUGUAUGGUAACUGAG